AAUGCCACAAUUUUGGGAACCAGGAAUGGCUGAUUCUAGCACGAGCGGUUGUGCCGCAAUGCUCAACAGAGGCACCAGCGGGACAUGCGAAAGCGGUUACAUUUUUUUCACGAAGCUAGUCAAUUCGACGACCUGAUCUGUUAGCAAUUCUGGUCGACAGCGAACGUCUUAGCGGAAGGCAACGGCGGUGCGACUCCUGUCCUGGCCGAUACGCUUCUCUCGGGUACAUAGCACGACACUGACCCAAGUCCUGAGAAGAAUAGUAUCCGUUUGUUUAGCGAAGAAUAGUUCUUAGCCGCCUCUAUGAUCGACUGCCGCCGGGCGCGUCAUGGCUGUUAGGCUUCUCUCGAGUAAUUAGCAGCGAGGUUUUCCUGAGCUCGGAGGAGAUUAGUAGCCAUAAUCUAUCUAUGAGGAAGGCGGCGCAUGGGUCGGAGUCGUUCGUCUUCACGCGUCGCCAGGCGUUCUGCAGCCUCGGCGCCAUCCUCGCUAUAAUGCUCUCCCUCUCCGCCGUCUCCCACCACCUGGGCCGAACCUCCGGCUUUCGCGCCGCUCUACAAGGGCCGCUGCCGCCUAACUCGCACGUAGCAGACUCCACGCCCGUUAUAGGAGGUCUACUAGCGAACGCUCAAUUAGAUGAGGCUAAGCCGAAUGUGAUUACAACGGGGGACGGAAACCCUUGCGGGGAGCUCGGUGGUAGUAGUGGUACCCGGCAUGGGGAUUGCGUGGCUCCUUGCCAGAGACGGACCAAGGCGGGGCACUGCGUGAAGGAGCUGUUUCGGCUGUACGACGAGGCGUACGCCCCCCUGUGGCCGGCGCGCGUGGACUUAUUAGUCCGCAGCCACGUGUCAGAUGGCUUCUUCCUGCUGGAGGUGCUGUUUAGAAGCAUCGAGCAGAUGUGGCCGCGCGGCCUUGGAGACGUGGUGCUGGUGCUGGACGAGGGGGAGGACAUUGUCAGAGACCUGGUGCCGCCCUGGGUCAAGGUGUAUUACGAGAAGAACUAUCUGGAUCUUCCCGGAAAGAUCCUCCAGCAGUGGAGCUACCUGUGGGCGGACAACUACACCACAGCGCCAUACAUCGCCAUCAUUGACGAUGACGUCAUCUUCAACCUCAAGGUGACCCCCGGUCUCCUGUUCAACCUCACAGACGGCAAGCCGUAUGUGAUCGGGUCGCGCAACACGCAGCGCAACCACUGGUUGCCGUCCACACGCUGGCUGGUGGGGCAGCACGCCUACUUCGCCAACUUCAUGGUGCAGCUACCCUUCGUCUUCCCGCGGGCCGUGCUGCCAAAGUUCAGAGACCACGCAGGCGAGCUGCACCAGAAGAAGUUCGGAAGGAGCUUUGACAAGGCGUUCAAGUACUUUGCAGAAAGAGGGCCCAAAUUCGAGCGCACCCAGAUCGCCCACACGACCCUGGGCAACUACAUGUGGCACUUCACUCAGGACGAGGCCGAGGUGAGGACGGUGCUGUGGUGAGGUGGUGAGCCAAAGGGGUCAUGGGACGAGGUGAGGACCGCCCCAUGCUGCUCUAGGGUGAACCCCUUCACACAGGACGAGGCGAGAGCUCUUUUGAGUUGGCUCUGCUGCAUGGAUAUCCCUGCUCUAGGACCCCCUCCUGCCCCUCUAAGAUGGCCCCCUUGCCGCACUAGGACUGCCCUGAAAGGAGAAAGCAGAAGCUCCCACCACUGAACAUCCUUCAAUGACAUAACAUGGUGCUGAACAUCCUUCAAUGACAUAACAUGGUGCUGAACAUCCUUCAAUGACAUAACAUGGUGCUGAACAUCCUUCAAUGACAUAACAUGGUGCUGACAAUCCUUCAAUGACAUAACAUGGUGCUGAACAUCCUUCAAUGACAUAACAUGGUGCUGAACAUCCUUCAAUGACAUAACAUGGUGCUGAACAUCCUUCAAUGACAUAACAUGGUGCUGAACAUCCUUCAAUGACAGGGAUUUGGGGGAGAGGGACAGAGGGGAUCGGAAUAUUGGGGAUAGGGAUAUGGAGCUGGCAGACAUGGGUAGUUGGCGGACUUGGGUAGUUGGCAGACUUGGGUAGUUGGCGGACUUGGGUAGUUGGCGGACUUGGGUAGUUGG